AUGCAUCAAAUGGAUGACGCUUCAAAAAAGAAGUCAUAUCCUGAGGUCCAAGGCGUUUGUGGCGAGAUUUCACAACUGAGGGACGUUAACCAAAAUAUUCAACAACGCAAAUCAAUGGCUUAUGGAUUCAUCAAAAGCAGUACUACAUUGAGCCGAAAAAGCGAUUCAACUAUAUCGUUACGUCAUGAUGAAGCUAAGGAGACACCAAGUGUAAGAAGCAGUAGCCCUGAUCCAAAUGGAGGUGAUGAUGAUACAGAAAAGUGCAAAAGUGCUUCUUCUGAGCCCACAACUGUGGCAACACUAUCGGUACUUUAUGAACCCGCUCAAACAUCUAAGUUAGCAAAUAUAAACCACACCGAAAUAUUUUCAAACUCGUUAAUCGAGUUCAACAUCAAUAGUUCUAGAAAUGUAAAUGACUCCCCAAGUCUCCGCUCUGUUGGGGUAGCACCGAUGGAUGACUUAGCUACUUCAUGUUUGCCCACUUUACAUUAUAUGCCAACGCAUCGAGAGAUUGAACACCCAUCUUUUCCUAAUUCCGCUUCAGAUAUUUCAAUAAAUCCCGAGGAUUUGCAUUCUUCUAAAGCCAUUUCCACUAGUAUUACAGUUUCUACAGACGUUCCCCCGCCGCUUUGCUCAAGAAUAGCGUCACUUUUUUCACGUCAAGAGCGUAUUUUUGAAAGCAUUACGAUGUUAGAAGUGUCCUUAAAUCAUAAUAAAAUGGAGCAUUCCCAAUCUGAUCGAAGCGGGAAGGACUGUGGUGGGGUUUGUAGUAGUUUGGUUAGAAAUGAUAGUGAUAGCCCAUCUGUUGGGAAUGAAUAUGCGAUAUGCACUGAUACCCCAAUACAUCAUAUACCAAAUAAUGAUAUGCCUUUGUUUUUAGCCUCAAGAGUACCAGGGAUGUCAGAACGACAUGAAAUGACCACACAUACUGAUUCACUAGUUUCCACUAACUCUAUGGAAGCUAGUACUUUGAGUAAAAGCAAUUAUACAGGACAUGGCAGGGAUGCACAGGAGUAUGAAAGUGACAUAGGUGACGCGUUCGCAAUGACAAUUCCUCCUACACAGGUAGUCCCUUCUCAGUCUAUAAACCCUCGUGGACUUUUUCGACGCGCAACACAACCGUAUCUAACACAGAUGGUGCUUCCUGCGCUUUCACAGUGCCCUGUUUAUACUGAGAUGCAGCUUUCUUACAGUGUUUUGUCUUAUCCCAAUUCUUAUUGUCCAGUCCUUGCUAAUGAGUCUGAUUCGUUGAAUCUAAAAAAAAUACGUCGAGCACAUAGUGCACCCCCUCGCAUUUCAUCAUCCUUUUGUGAAGAAAGUCGUAAUCGUUUAGACGAUAAUGAUAAUUCUUGUGGUUGUAGUAGUAGGAUCAAGAUACCGUCUAUCGAUUGUAAACGGGCGUCGUAUAACCACAAGCCGAUGUUUUGUGGAGCUUUAGAAAAUUCCAUAGUAGGACUACAUGAGGUCACAGCCUCUGGCUUUAUUGCGUCUGCGACUCAACCCUACAGCCUUUUUUACAGUGGCGAUAUCAUCAACCGAACUCUCAGUGCCACUAGUAUCGUGGUUUCUUCACCAUCGCGUCUGCCUUCGACUGAGCGGGUAUCUUGCGUGGCCUCGAGUAUUUUUUCAUUCCCACCGUCCAUCCGAGGCGCUCUUCGUAGCACAUCUACCAUCGUCAGCACAACCGUCACGCCACGUUCAUUUUCAAAUUCGCAAUCAAUGCGUCUCCCAUCGUUAGCGCAUCUUUCACCGAGGUUUUCACCCAGACUGUGUGCUAACGAAGUAGAAAAACAGAGAGGCUUGUAUCGACUGCUUCAUUCCACGACACACGAGGCCACAUCCUCCCCUCCACUUUCACCUGUAGCAGCUAUGAAAUCUAUUUCACCGGAAGUUGCUAUCUUAACUUCGGACAACACGCAAAAUAUUGAUCUUAUUUCUCCAAUGUCAGCUGUGGUUUCUACGCCUUCCCCAUCGAACGACACCUGCAUUAAUAAACACUUUUCAGGUGAAUUAUUGUGCUCAUCCGAUCCCGUGCUUGCGACGGCGCCGGAGUUUAGUCACAGCACCUCACCUCUUCCAUAUAUACGUGCAGAGAAUUUGGAGGGUAAUUCAUGUUGUGGUACUAUCGGUGGUGAGAAUAUGGGUCACAACUAUCCAUCUUGUUAUGAUAAGGGACAACCUUUGAUUGAGGCAUCGGUGCAAUCUUUAUUGUUAUCCGACUCGAUGCGUAUGAAAACUGAGAAUGGGUAUGGGGAGAGCCAAGUAUCGUUAGACUUACUCGAGGUCACCUCGAGGCUUGUUCUUACGCUGGAAGAGCAGGACACCAAAGUCUCUUCCUCGGUUUCUGCUACCGCACCAUCGGAAGAGGGUUCAUUAGCAUGCGUUAAUCCCCAUAAUAGACAAGACGAAAACCAGCAUGAACCUCCCAAGACAGUUGCCCAGGAGGUUGUACUGUCCCCUCCCAUAUCUGAAGUUGUGAAAAGCGUACCGCCCGUACCCGUGAUGCGUCGUCCACCGAUCGUCCCGAGGGUGGGUCUUCUUUCACGAUCGAAGGACCUCACCUCCAGUGCACGCGUGAGGGAAGAGGGUAAGACGGCUGCCGCGAUUAUGACCUCGGGCGGUCUGGAAAAAGCAAAAGAUUCGAAUGGGACCGCUUCUUCUGUGUCUCAAAACACCACGGCAAAGAAAUUUUCCUACUGGAGCAACUACGAAGUCAUGCAUCAGCUGGAGCAUCUCCCACCGGCAUGGCGUGAUUUGAGCCCAUUACCCGGGAUGGACUACGAGGUGGAAAUGAAUACCCAUCCUCUUAUUCAGGAAGCUCUGUGCACAGAAGGGGCGGCGACGCCUGACAAGGUUAGACCAUGGAAGAGGGAGAAUGGCUCCGACAGCGAUAAGCGGAGCAGCUCCAGAACUUCUUCCAACGACGAGGACACUUUCACAAGCGAAGAUUCGAUGACGUGGGGCAUGCCCGACAGGCCCGUGGAGCAUACAAAUAACUGCGUUACCACACGUCGGUGGCGGCCGUAUCAUCGAGAUCGGAUCUACCUGGAAGAGCCAUCAACAUAUCUUUCUGAAUCAAAUUCAAUGGUUUCUCCGUCUCUAUCACUUUCCUCCUCGUCGUUGAUCCCAAUCCUCUCACUUAGGACGGAUUCGCUGUUAGACUCACAGGAGCACGAUCAAUGCGAAUCGGAUGGGAUGACCCGUCUUUAUAAACAAGGGCCGUCUGACCAUUUCAACUGUGACCUUCAACCUUUGCGCCAUCUUCAUAGAAGCGAAAUUGCCGAAAAUUCAGAUGUGGCUUUUAUCUUUGAGGACACCGAAGAGGAGACGCCAAUGGAAACACGAAAGAACGGUACAUCUCAGGUAAUGAUGAGCAAUCCAGUGCCCAAGGUCCGCAGGGGUUCAGUUGGGAUUCCGAAUCUGAAUGAGGUUGGUGUACAAGAUGAAUUUGAUAGUGAUGACCAUGAGGUGAGUAGUAUGGAAUGGGAUGUUACUCAACGUUUAGCUGAGCUCGAGCGCUUUCAGGUGUAUAACCAGGAGGCCAUGCAUUUGGUCAGGGGCGGCAAGCAUACUUCUAAAUCCAACCUGAGGGGAUAUUCCAGAAUGUUAGGCCUCACUUCGUCAGGGGAUUCUAUAAAGGGAGUUAGGGAUAAUACUUCGUCUCAGGAACCACAACUAUCUGUCUUUGACAAGGCAGAACUACCGUUAAGGUCCACCCUUCGCCGUCAUCUUCGCAAGAAACCAAAGCUUUAG